CCCGCUACUCGCGGCUGGUCGACGCUUGAAACGUACCCAAGCACGUACGUUGGCGGUGACGAGGCAGAAGCCACCGCUGGCAAUGUCGUAGUGCCCAUGUCCAUUGUGAGGGAGAAACUCUGUCUUCUGUCGUCUUCAUCUUCGCCAUUGUAUCGCCAGCAUUGCCUGUAGUAGCACAUCGCCCGCCAUGUCCCUUGUCUCAGACGCCAUAUGGGCUGCCUCGCCUACAACCACGCGCGGACAGGCCACGCCCCUCUCAUCCGACCCAAAGGGCGAGCGCAUCGCCUAUGCGUCUGGCAAAUCCAUCUUUCUGCGCUCCAUUGACGAUCCCGCCGUCAGCAAGCAGUACACCCAGCACACUACACAGACAACUGUCGCCCGCUUCUCGCCCUCGGGCUUCUAUGUCGCCAGCGGAGAUGUUUCGGGCAUGGUCAGAGUAUGGGAUUGCGCCGGCGAGGGUGCAACAAAGGGCGAAUACCCCAUCAUCGCAGGCCGCAUCAACGACCUGGCCUGGGACGGCGACUCGCAGCGCAUCAUUGCCGUAGGCGACGGCAAGGAGCGCUUCGGCCACUGCAUCACCGCAGACAGCGGCAACAGCGUGGGCGAGAUCUCAGGCCACUCGUCGCAAAUCAACUGUGUCUCCAUCCGCCAGCAACGCCCUCUACGCGCAGCCACCGGCUCCGAUGACACCAGCCUCGUCUUCUACCACGGUGCCCCCUUCAAGUUCAACACCAGCCUGCGCGGGCAACACAACCGCUUCGUUUUCGGCACCGCCUUCUCGCCCGAUGGCUCCGUAUUCGCCAGUGUGGGCGCCGACAAGCGCAUCUGGCUAUACGACGGCAAGACUGGCGAGGCCAAGAAUCAGAUCGGUGAGGGAGUCCAUACCGGUAGUAUCUUUGGUAUCUCUUGGUCCAAGGACUCGAAUAGGUUCGUCACUGCUAGUGCUGACCAGACGGUACGCAUCUGGGACCCCGAAGCCGGCAAGGCGAUCCAGACGUGGAGGAUGGGCGACGAAGGUGUUGUCAGUGUGCCUGAUCAGCAGGUCGGCGUAGUCUGGCCCACAGGCCGCAGCGAUGGUCUGAUUGUUAGUGUCGACCUGGAUGGAAACCUAAACUACCUCUUUGAUGGCAACUCCAAGCCAACGCGCGUUAUUCGAGGUCACCAGAAGAACAUCACAUCAGCUGCGAUAGCAGGUUCGAAUUUCGCCACCGGCAGCUACGAGGGGCGCGUCCUUGCAUGGGACACGACAACAGGGCUGGCCGACAAGGUUGAAGGCGCAGCCCAUACCAGCUAUGUCGCUGGCAUCACCACAUCGAACAGUAGUAGCGGAAAGGAACUCUACAGCGUUGGCUGGGACGACACGUUGCGCUCCAUUUCGGCACCGGACAAGAUCUUCACUGGAGAAGCGCAUGACCUCAAGUUCCAGCCCAAGGGUGUCGCUGCGACAUCCAGCACGGUGCUCAUCCCUUCAUCCGAUGCCAUCGCCGUCUACUUCAAGGGCGCUCAAGUCAGCUCAAUAGCAGUCAAGUACACGCCUACAUCCAUCGCCGCGCAUGGUACUACUGUAGCUGUGGGUGGAGAUGAUAAGCUUGUGCAUAUCUACACGCUUUCAGGCACAGAGCUCAAGGACACCGAGACGGUGUUGCGCCGCGCUACUUCGCCAAUCUCAGCGCUUGCCUUCUCGCAGUCAGGUAACAAGCUCGCCGUCGGUGCGGCCAAUGGCAAGAUAUAUGCGUACGAUGCAAGCGAAAGCUGGAACCUCAUCACGGACAGAUGGAGUGCCCACACUGCACGCAUCACCUGCCUGGCUUGGGAUGAGAGCGAAAAGUACGCGGCAAGUGGCAGUUUGGAUACCAACGUCAUGGUUUGGAGUACCGAGGAUCCAGGUAAGCGCAUCAAGGCCCUCAACGCCCACAAAGACGGUGUCAACGGUGUGGCAUGGGAAAAGGCAGCAAGGGUCAUCUCAGCCGGCGGAGAUGCAAGCGUCAAAGUAUGGACUGUCAAGGCGUAAGUGGUUGCGCCAUCACUUUAUCCAGAGAUGCGGGCAGGAAUCCGGCCAGGAAUCCAAGCACACUCUGGUCGGUGAUUGAUCAUGUUCUAGAUGAUGUGUUCUAGCCGGAUCGACCUGGCUUUUUGAAGGACGCUCUGAUACUGAGAAUGAAGCGGGAGACGUGGUUAGAUGGCGGGGUUGAGCGCCCUUGCCCUUUACGCUACCUACAUAUACGUAGUCUGAUGGCCUAUCAUACACAGCCUCGACCCUCUCUUGUUCAAUGCAUGUUGCCUUUUGAAUCCGCG